UUUUUCCCAAUUCUACUGCGAUUCCAAAAUUAUGUUACCAUUCCAGCGAACUCGGGCAAAAUCCCUAACUCAAUUCCCUCCUUAACUCUCCGACCAAGCCCACCGGACUCAACAGCCAGCCAUGUCCAUCCUCGGCGACGACGGUCGUGGCUUCGAGCUCGCCACCAAGCUGGAGUCCCUCGGGGUAUGGCGGACGUGGUUCGGCGACCCUCUCUACUCCACCUUCGUUCAUUUCCUUUCUUCUCCUUCCUCCUGGGAAUCCUUCAUGCGGACCGACGAGCUCAAGUCCAAAGCUCAGAUCCAACUCCAGCUCCGCGCCCGUGCUCUUCUCUUCGAUAAAGCUAGCGUCACCCUCUUUCUUCACUCCACCAUCAACCCUUCCCCUGCCGCCACUUCCGCAGCGGUCUCCAAGCUUAAUCCGACUUACUUGCAGUUGCAUGGCGACGAUGUCUACUACACUCUAGAGGAUGUGGAUCAGCGGCGAGAUGGUAGCGGCGCUGUUGGGCCUGUUAUGGCGUCAUCCAGGGUCUGUUUGAGGGGAAUGAUGAAAUAGAAAUGAUGAUUCUUGUAGACCUUGCUAUCGGCACCAUCUGCUAGGGUCUGGGAUCUCAUUACUGACUUCACAAUAAGACGGUUAUAAGUUUUGAUAUUUAGAGAUUUUAAGCAAGGGAAGAAUGUCAGACUCUUUAAGUUAUUGUAUUAGUUAGCAAAAAGUUUCGAACUUUGUGUACCUUCUGUGAAUUCCAUCGAGCUAAUGCUUAUGUAACUUGAGAAUUGUUAAUCUCUGCAACAUUUCUCUGUAAGAACCAAUCAUUUUGUUUCUGUAACUCAAAUCUUUAGCUAAGCUUAUUCUUUUGAUUGAUCUGCAGAGUCAUUCUAAAUCUUCUGUUACUACCGGAUUAAGAUACGGUGAUCUUGACAUGGAUAAUGUCUCACAGAGGUUCAGAAACGAUGAGUUGCCAGAAACUUGGUAUAGCCAGUUUAUAGAAAAGCAUAAAACUAACAGGUUAUUUAAGAUCCCGUUUGGGGAUAGAGAGCCAGAAAAACGUUCUCCUGAAGACAUGUCUAAUUAUCUUAAGCUUCGGGAUAAGCAUAAAAGAAGCCGUGUUAUGUUUAAGCAGGGCCAGUACUCGGGGCUUGGAAAUUCUGUAUUGGAAAGCACAUCAAGCAUGCAUCCCGACUCUCGUUUAGAUGGCCGAAGCUCAGUAGAUGAUGAUGUUUCCUUCUUUCCUGAAGUAAUGUUUAUGUCGAAUUGUGUGCCUGAUAGUGCACUCCCUCCAAUAGUUAGAGUGCAAGACAAUAACAAGAUUGAGUUCCGUGGGGUUCUUGACUCAUUGCCGCAGACCAGGAAUGCUGUAAUGAUUGAGAGACUCGGUAUUAGUGUUGAACAGGGAGGAAGCUCACAUCGUAGGAAAAAUGGUUCUGACGGGAAUAGGAAAAUGCUUAGUCAAGACCAAGCACAGCAGAUUUCUUCAAAGGUUGUUGCCCGCAUGUUGGCCAGAGUGGGAUUUGAUGGUGCAAUGGAAGUUCCAGUGGACGUCUUGUCUCAACUGCUUGGGUGUCAUAUGAGUAAACUAGGCCACACUUUGAAAGUUCUUGCUGAUAGUUAUAGGAAACAGUGUUCAGCAGUUGAGCUACUAAAGAUGUUUCUUCAAACUUUGGGUCACAGUAACCUUGGACCUUUGAUGGAGCUCAUCAAGGAUGGCAGUAGGAAUGUCACCCAGCAAACUCAGCCGCAAGUACAUGGAAUGCAGCCACAGAUGCAGGCCCAGCACCAAAAUCCUCAUCGAUUGCCUCAACAAAUGUUAAGACAAGCACACCCACAGAUGCAACAAAUGAUGCAUCCUCAAGGUUUGACUUUCCAGCAACAGCAACAGUUGGAGAGGAUGCGUAGGCGCCAACAACAAUCUGCUCCUCGCCCCACUAUGGAUAUGGUGGAGAAGGAGAGACCCCCCAUGGCGCAAGUCAAGAUUGAGAGCGCACCAGAUUUGCCAUUGGAUAAUAAUAUCAAUGCGUUCAAUAAUACUGCCAUGCAUCAGCAGCUCCGACAGCAGCAACUGGCUGCAAUGUCGAAUCUCCAUGCUCAGACUGGCAGCAAUCAGCUCAGGCAGUUCACGUCGUUGCAAGUUCCUCAGAUACAAUCACCACCGAACAUGGGAAUUGUUAGGGCUCCUCCGGUGAAGGUGGAAGGUUUCCAGGAGUUGAUGGGAGGCGAUGGCACAUCAAAACAUGACUCAGAAGAUGGCAACAAGCUAACUUCUCCUUCCAAGUGAAUCUAGCUUACUCUCGGCCGGGCAUGUAGUUAAAUUGUAAAAGCAUUGUACACUUGCUGCGCAGCCUAUCUUUCUACCUCGCCACUGGUAUUGGAGUUCAGCUAAUAGCCGAGUCGUACUUCAGUGUUGUAUGGGAAGUAAUUCCAUCAGAUUUUGGUUUCUGCACAUUAGUCCUGGCGUUAUGGUACAUGAUUUAGUAUUGUUGAAGCUAAGUUGCCAUGGAUAAAUGGCUGCUGUGUAUAGGAUAACUUCUUUGCAAACGGUUUAUUUGCAGAGCUGAUGAUGAUCACAGUUGAGGGAGAGUUGUUUUAGUAAUGCGUCAAAUGCAACUUCGGAACUAUCCAAUCACAGCUAGCUUAGCUUCUUUUGUCGUCAAUCAAAUUUUCUAUGGUAAGUUGGUCACUUUAUGACCGUCCACAUCAUCAUAUUCGACUGCUGACAUA